AUGUCGGAAUACUAUUACCUCCAGGACCCUCCUGAAGAUGAGAACCAGAAUCAGACCGACUAUCAGGUUCAAAAUUCAGGCCAUCAUCAGAAUCAAAGUAAUGGGAUACAGAGACCUUGGCGGAAUCAAAGGUUGAGCCAUCCAGAUUUCAUCGAGCCUGGUCAGGUUGGUUUCGCACCGAACGCUGGCGUUGCCCCUUGGGAGCAACAGCCUCAACAGCCUCAACAGCCUCAGAUGCCUCAGAUGCCCCAGAUGCCCCAGAUGCCCCAGAUGCCACAAGAGCACCCGAUGCCACAAGAGCACCCGAUGUACCGAAUACACCACAUAAAUCAGCCGGAUGCAAUGAGCCAGAGGAACCAGACAUCUCAAAUGCAAAAUAUGCACCAGACACCACAUCUUGCAAUCCCGGCUCAGGCUCAGGCUCCAGCUCCAGCUCCAGCUUCGUGGCAUGGGUACAACCCUUUCCAGGGAAUAGAUCUAUCUCGUCUUUCUGCUGCUGAAUAUAUAGCUCUAUGUUCUGGAUCUUUCAGUCCGGCUGGCCCUGCUUCGAGUUAUACUGCAAACGAUGCCUAUGUGUAUGCUGAACCUGCGUCUGUUCAAAGUCAACAACAAUAUGGACCUCAUUCCAUUGCAGGUUAUCCCAAUGGAGGUCAUCCCAACGGGGGCUACCCUACUCCAGGUCAUACCCUUCCUCCCCCUCCUCCUCAGCCAUUGCCUGCUGCCCCAUCUACAGGGGGUCGCAUAAAGAGAGGCCGGGCAGCUUCUCCAAAUACUAUGGCGCCCGCUCCGAAAAGGACGAGAAAUAUUGUACCAAGCGCAUCUGGCGCCGAGGGAGGUAGUGCCAACAAUUCUGGAAUCCCCGUUUCAACUCCAAACACAACGUCAACUCCGUCAAGACAGCCCCAGAGAACCAGGAAACGGAAAGCAGAUAUCGAUGAGGAGGACGAUGAUGACGAAGAUCCCAGGCCGCCAAAGAAGCCCAAAAAGCGACCAAUUGGCCCCAAGAAGAAAGGCAAGGGCGAUGACGCCGAGGAAGCCGACGCAGGCAAGUCUCUCGUGCAUCACAAGAGAGAAGACCAUGAACUGGCCACUCGAGGGACGAUUUGCGACUUCUGUGCUAACCACCCUGAGGGAAAGGAGGUCUAUGCCAACAACAAGAUCUGUGACUGGGAACAGAUUCCCAACGGUGGCCCCGAGGUAUAUAACAGAGAAUGCAGCAACUGUGCCAACUAUCGCUCUCGAACCAAGGAUCACACAGAGCUCGCCAAAGCAGGCGACCAUAUGUGUCGUGUUCCAGGCCCCAUAACAGCCUUGAUCGACUUCAAUUACAAAAGAUAUGGUUGGGAAGAAACGUGCGAUGUCGAUACGAUACUAGGCUAUUUUUGCUCCAAUUGUCGACGAUCCGGGAGCUGCCAUGUUAGCAAAUCCGUGAUGCCCGUGAGACGGCCAAACAAGCUCACACGUCGACCGUGGUUCCGACAUCCCUGCGAUCGCUGUCUCUUGCGUCACAAGACGUUCGGUGAGAUGAAGGGAGACGACUGCUGUAGCUGGAUCACCGACAGGAGACAGUGGGAGGGCAACCACGCCUGUAGACAAUGUCAACAGAACGGGGCACCAUGUCUAGACCUUGGAAAUCUUGUCGCCCUGGUUUCUCAAAGGCCCAUGCCCUCAACCUGGGACAUACGCUCCAAGUUCGAGAAGGAAGAAGGUGGGAUAAACCCGGACAGGAAAGUGAAAUGGCAUGAAUAUGCUGAAGUGACAACGGUCACAUCUUGGAGAAAGCCGUGUCAGGCGUGCCAGACAUCUGGGAGAGGUGUUUCUUGUCUGGUCAUGUGGUUCCAGCCAGACUACGCGUGUGAGCGCUGUACGCAGUUUGGCAUUGACUGUUUGGUCCUCCAAGGUGAUGUUUUUCAACAGUGUCCGAUCUACGAUUUGAGCAGGGUUGGUUUUGGUCACUUCACCCCGUUCAAGGUCUGCAAGCAAUGUGAAAAGGCUGGGAGAAACUGUGACCGACAAAGACCAUGUGAUAGUUGCAGGCAUCACAAUGCGGAAUGCGAUCCUAUGAGCUACGACCGACCUGGAUGUAUUGAUCGCGCCAAAGAUGGCCGACACCUUGAGCAUUGGAUCGGUCCUGUUGCUCCUGUGUACGCCCUGACCGACACCAAGGAUCGCCCGCGGCAUUAUCAAACCGUAGCCAACGCUCACCGACAUCAUCGCCCGCCAAACGGCGUGCCUCCCCCUAACGGAAAUAUGUUGAGGGGCAGGUCACUGAAGGACUUAACUGCUCAACAGUUGGGCAACUUCAUCACUCAGCUUUGGCAUAGCCCCCAAGUUCCAAAGAGCAAUCUCCAAUUGUACCAGAGAGUUUGGACGCUUUUGCGCGACAGUCAGAGCCUCAAGAUGUCGCAGGCCGAUGUGGGGCCCAGCUUGACAGCUGCGACGCAAAGCGUGCGCAGCUUUCAGGGAGGUCCUGUGCUCAUUGACAUUGAGAGGAUACAAGGUGGUGGGCUUCCAAGUGUUUAUGGAUAUCCGGGCGCCACACAAUCACAUGGGAUACCACAAAUACUGCCAAACCAAUUGCCAAGGGGACUAAUACAAUACGAAGGUUAUCAACAACAACACCCACCAAAUGCGCAGCAAAUACAGCCAUAUCAAGGGCCAGCGGCACAGCAAGAAUCCGGAGGCUUGAAUCAACAGCAACUAGAUGCCCAUACACAGCAGGCACAGCCAAUGCAGCCAUCUCAAAGCCCAGCAGCAGACGAGCAAGAAUACAGAGGCUUGAAUCAACAGCAACUAGAUGCCCAUACACAGCAGCCAAUGCAGCCAUCUCAAGGUCCAGCGGAUCAGCGAGAAAACGGAGAAUUGAAGUAUAACCAAUACGUGUAUGACCAGCUGCAGCUAGCACUACAAAUGCAGCGAGACCAAGUUAUAGCAGAUGAGCAAGAAAACGAAGACGUUGGAUAUGGUGAACGUCUGAUCUUUGCUGAUGGCAGUGCCAUCCCGGCUCUGCCCGAGGCUCAUGAUGUUGAAAAUGGCCAACAAGAAUCACUCAAUGGUCCGCAGACUCAAGGUCAGGCCCAAGACCAGGCUCAUACCGGAUCUUCCGAUGGAUCUGAGCCGGAUAUUGAUCGGAUAGUGGAUUAUGCCCGCGGAAUCACGAAGACUUAUCACCGCUCCCGAGUGAAUCGUGAGGAGCGCUGGCAUAAUACCAAGACCUCCAAAGGCAGCAAAGGGCCAUUGCGGGAGAGAAUGGCUUUCGGGAACCGGGUCCCCAAGAGCGCAAACACUCAAGAAGCUUUCAAUCCUUUCCUCGGUUUCACAUUCGGUCCGGACCAGAAACCUCGGUUCAAGGAAAAGCCAAAGAGCUCACGCUGGAAGGUCUUCAACCAUCUCGAGGGUAUUGACAUGGACGAAUGGUAUGAGUCAAAGUCUAAAGAAGCUCAAGACGAAUCUCAGCCGCGCCUCUUUUCCGUUGUCAAUGGUCAAACAGACCAACCUGCGCCUUCACGUGAUGUUCUUGGUGACGUAUCUUACAAGCAGAGGGGUGAGAGGACAUUGCGCUAUUGCGCUGAGCCGGGAGAGGGCGGAAAGGGUUAUUGUGGCUCUUGGAACACCAACGAGCGAGAUCAGGCUACUUGCCAGAGUCUUGCCCAUCGCAACACAGUACCAGGAUACUUCCCGGUAUGCGAUGGCUGUACCCGGGGCAACGUGAGGUACUUGUUCAAACAUGAGCACAAUCCCAUAACUGAAGGUGAACUGCUCAGCAUGCGUGCUUAUCUCUGCAAUGACUGUGCUGGCCAGAUGAGCAGCGGUGCUCAUAACGCGACCCAGAACCAAACUAUCGGUGCCAGGCGGGUCUAUGGCAUUGCUGCUGAUGAAGAAAAUCCCCAAAACAUACAGAAACCCGACAAUGACCCGUCAAAAACCGCCGAGUUCAUCAGCAAUACCGAGGCUCUGACAGGCUGUUCGUGUGCCAACAGAAUGCUGGGAACAUCACUUUGCCGGUUCCAUAGAUUGUAUUAUGCCGAAGAGGUUAUGAAACACUCGGCAUUGAUGCAAGAAUGGCGGCUUUCGCGCUUCAAGAAGGCAGUGUGUCCCAGUUGCCUUGCGCAAAAGCCUAGUGAGCAGGUCAAUGUAUCGGCGAACUUCAGUGGCUUUGUAACAGGCGCGCCAACGGCCUGGGCAUGUGUCGUUUGCAAUGAUUGGGUCGUGAAUGUACAGAACGACGGGAACAACCAGCCCAAGGCGAUUGAUAAGCCGUUGUGGAACUUAAACAUUGGACGCGAAAUUCUCAAUCCGCGUCGAAAGAUAACCCCAGGCAGGGUUCUUGAGGAAGAGGAGGUCGAGACGAUGGAUGGCUGA